AUGGUGUCUUCCAGGAAUGCUUUGGUACUGUGGCUUGCCUCAAUAGCUGCAGCACAAGGAGACCUAAACAACGUCGAGCCAGAUUCUUUCUACCCCCGUGAAUCCGACUCUCCUUAUUCUUACCCCAGUCCCAAUGCUACGGGGAUUGGCGGAUGGGAUAUUGCUAUUACGAAAGCAAAACGCUUCGUCUCCCAGCUGACCAUUGAAGAGAAGGUCGGCCUCUGUACUGGCAAUGGCUUCCCUCCUAACCCGGACAACCCGGAUCUCCUAUGCCAGGGUCAAACCCAGAAAAUCCCUCGUCUAAACUUCACUGGCCUUUGCUACAUCGACAGUGACACAGGCAUUGGAAAUUCACAUUCGUAUGCAACGGGAUUUCCCCCAGGUGUCACAGCCGCCUCGACCUGGGAUCGCGAGCUCAUUCGAGCCCGCGGCUUUGCUAUUGCGACCGAGCACAAGAACAAAGGUGCUCAUGCCGUGCUAGGCCCCGUCCUUGCUCUCGGCCGAACUGUUGGCGGAGGAACCAACUUCGAAGGCUUUGGCAACGACCCCUUCUUGAUUGGCGUUGCCGGCUAUGAGACUGUCAUUGGCCACCAGGCUGCCGGCGUGCAAGCCGUUCCCAAACAGUACUUGGGUUAUGAUGGCCAGCAGUACAAUCGGACUUAUUAUUCCAGCAACAUCGAUGAUAAAACUCUGCAUGAGAUUGAGAUAUGGCCCUAUGCCGAGGCUGUACGGGCUGGUGCCUCCUGCGUGAUGAGCAGUUAUCCUUAUGUCAACAACUCCCAGGCUUGUCAGAAUGCUCAUCUGCUGAACGAUGUGCUCAAAACUCAUCUGGCCUUCCAGGGAUAUACACAGACAGACUGGUUCGGUCUCAAGGCUGGCGUUGACGCAUUCCUGGCUGGUAUGGAUCAGGAUAUGCCUGGUGUUGCUGCUGCCGGUGGAGAUUGGGGCUUUUACGGCGCGAAUCUCACCUUGGCUGUGUACAAUGGAUCUGUGCCAGAGUGGAAAUUGGAUGACGCCGCUACCAGAAUCAUGACUCCUUACUUCUUGCUGGGCCAAGAUCGCGACUACCCUGAUAUCAACCUUGUUGAUGAUCCACGCAAGGCUAUUGUCGAUAGCCAGCGUCAGCGGCACAGAGCCUUGGCCCGUGAGAUUGCCGCAGCGGGAACUGUCCUUCUGAAGAACACUGAUGGGAAACGUGGACUGCCUUUGAAGAAACCUACUACCAUCACUCUCUUUGGACGAGCCGCUGGGCCUAAUCCGUACGGACCGAACCAAUAUGGUUAUGGGAUUGGUGUUUUUCCUUCGGAAUGGAGUACUGUGAAUGGCUAUAUCGGUGAUUCCCUUUCCAUUGGUAUUGGUCAAGGAACUCUAGCUGAAGGAUCAGGCUCGGGCUCAACAUUCUAUCCUCGCCUAGUUGAUCCUUUAAGCGCUAUCCAAACGCGAGCAAAUCAAGACCUUACACUUGUCGAUUGGUCUUUGAGCUCUAAUCUAACAUUCGCCAAGACUGUAGCCAAACGUGGCACAGUUUGCCUCCCCGUUGUGGCUUCGUCUUCAGGCGAAGGUGUUGAUCGAAACAUAACCCUGAUGCACAAAGGUGACGCGCUGGUCAAUACUGUUGCGGACAACUGUGACAACACAAUUGUCGUUGUUCAAUCAGUCGGCCCUGUUGACAUGGAGAAAUGGAUCGACCACCCCAACGUCACAGCUGUCGUCUGGGCCAAUCUGGGCGGCCAAGAGCUCGGCCCUGCCUUAGUUGACAUUCUCUACGGCGACGUGAACCCAUCCGGCAGACUAGUCUACACAAUCGCGAAGAACCUCAAGGACAAUGCCCAGCCGGAUAUCGUCACGGAUCCACAGCCAUACCCCCAGAUAAACUAUACGGAGGGUGUAUCGGUUGACUAUCGAGGAUUCGAAAAGAACGGCAUCAAGCCUCGCUUUGCAUUCGGCCAUGGUCUAUCCUAUUCGACAUUCACCUACACGAGUCUAGUGGUCUCCAAGCAUGGCGGGCUCGCUGCGGCCCUGGAAACCCCUAUUGAGUAUGUCGGAAAUGCACCAGGAGGAGAUAUGGCGCUAUACGACGUGGCAAUCAUCGCCGAGGUGACGAUUAGAAACGAAGGACCCUAUGACGGCACUGAAAUCUCACAGCUUUAUCUCGAAAUGCCCAAGCAAGCGGGAAAUCCAACCAAGGUUCUCCGGGGCUUUGUCUCUAUCCCCAUCCGCGAUGGAGAAACUCAAACCCGCAAGAUUUACCUUACCCGGAAGGAUAUCAGCUACUGGAACGUUGUGAAGCAGACAUGGGUUACCCCUAACGGAACGUUUUCAGUUCAUGUUGGUGCGUCAUCGGCUGAUAUUAGGGUAAGCUCGACUUUUGACAUUUGA